AUGGCGUCGUCGGGCAGCGGCGUAACGGCGGCAAGGGCGGCCGUGGCGCGGAACGAUCUGACCGAGGCGCGCGACGGCGCGGCCAGGCUCAGGAACUUCCUGCUGCAGCUGGACGACCAGCGCGCGGCGAGGCUCAGGAACUUCCUGCUGCAGCUGGAUGACCAGCGCUCGGCCGAGGCACGGCUGGCCCCGGUGACCGCGCGGGACCAGCGCAGCUCGUCGGCAGACCAGGCGUCGGCGCUGAGGCCGUCCCCAUCCGGAUCGACGCCGGCGUCGGCACCCUGCGUGCGUGCUCUGCUCUGCUGA